AUGUUGAUUCAGUCAUUGUUGUCAAGAGUAGGAAGUAGGCGAUUGCUUCCUCGUUCAUUACCACCAUUAAGAAAUCCCAUUAAUUACACUCCAUUUAUCAGAAGAUUGCAUCAAUCAUGGACAAGAUACAAUCUAACGUCAGAACAAGAAGAAAUUUUACAUCAAGAGCGUGCUAGAGACUAUGUGGAUGUGUGUAUAGUAGGUGCUGGACCUGCUGGGUUAUCGACAGCAAUAAAGUUGAAACAACUCGACAACGAACAAGGUAAUGGGGAUUUACGAGUCAUUGUCUUGGAGAAAGCAGGGGACUUUGGUAGUCAUAUAGUUAGUGGUGCAGUUAUUGAACCACAUGCUUUUAAGGAAUUAUUCCCUGAUAGUGAAUUGACUGAAGAAAAUGGAAUCCCAUUACCUCUGGAUAUUAUAACAAAAGUAACAUCAGAUCAUAUGAAAUACUUGACUCCUAAAAAGGCAUUCCCAUUGCCAGAGCCUCCUCAAUUAACCAAUAAGGGGAAAAACUUCAUUGUUAGUUUAAAUGAAGUCGUCAAAUAUCUAGCUGAACAAGCUGAAGAAUUGGGAGUGGAAUUGUAUCCAGGAAUAUCAGUGAAUGAAUUGAUUUAUAACGAAGACAAGUCAGCAAUAAAAGGUGUCAUUACCCAAGAUAUGGGAGUUGAUCGUAACGGUGCACCCAAGGAUAGUUUUGAACCCGGUAUGGAAUUCUUUGCCAGGUUGACUGUUUUGGCCGAAGGUUGUCAUGGAUCGUUGACUAAAAAUGCUAUUGGCAACUUCAACUUGAGAGAAAAUUCUGAACCUCAAACUUAUGGACUUGGGAUUAAAGAAGUUUGGGAAGUUUUACCAGAGAAUUUUGACAAAGGUUAUGUGGGACAUUCGUUAGGAUAUCCAUUAACCUCCAAAGAAUAUGGUGGAGGGUUUAUUUAUCAUUUUGGUGAUGGGUUAGUGGCUGUUGGUUUGGUUAUUGGAUUAGAUUAUGCUAAUCCGUAUAUCUCGCCUUAUCAAGAAUUCCAAAAAAUGAAAACUCACCCAUUUUAUGCCAAUACCUUAAAAGGUGGUAAAUGUAUCUCCUAUGCUGCAAGAGCUUUGAAUGAAGGGGGAUAUCAAUCCAUACCUAAGUUACAUUUCCCUGGUGGUAUUUUGGUUGGUUGUGCUGCCGGGUUUGUUAAUGUGCCAAAAGUUAAAGGUACCCAUACUGCAGUGAAGAGUGGUAUAGUUGCUGCAGAAGCAAUCCUCUCCACAUUUAAACAAAUGGAAUUGGAUCCUUGUGAUGAAGAUAACUUUGAAGAAUUAUCUACCCCAAUAGAUUUACAUCAGUAUGAAGAAAAUUUUAAAGAUUCGUGGGCAUAUAAGGAAUUGUACGCAGUGAGAAAUGUGCGUCCUUCAUUCAACUCUCCACUCGGUAUGGUUGGGGGGCUUGUUCAUUCAGGUUUGCUGACUAUGAUUACACAAGGUAAAGAACCAUGGACCUUAUCUCACCACGGAACAGAUUCAGGGGCAACUCAAGAUGCAAACCAGUUCCAACCUAUUGAAUAUCCAAAACCAGAUAAUGAAUUGACUUUUGAUAUUCUUACCUCUGUGUCAAGAACCGGUACCUACCACGACGAGGAUGAACCAUGUCAUUUAAAAAUACCAAAUCAAGAUUCUCGAAAACAUACUGAGUUGAACUGGAUUAAAUAUAAAGGUGUGGAACAAAGAUUCUGUCCAGCAGGAGUUUACGAAUAUAUCGAGGAUGAGCUGGAACCAUUGGGAGUCAAGUUUCAGAUAAAUAGUCAAAAUUGCAUUCAUUGUAAGACGUGUGAUAUUAAAGUCCCAUCUCAAGACAUCACAUGGUCAGUUCCUGAAGGUGGAGAUGGUCCAAAAUAUUACAUGUCCUGA